UAGAGGAGGCGAAAUGCAACGGUUCAAUCCACUGAGUCGGUCGUUUGCAAGAGGAGCGAGCUCGUCGAACUCCCUUACGGACUCCGCACGUCAUCGCACAUGGCCUGCGCCGCUAGGGUUUGGCUCCGCCUCGCCGUCGCUUUUCUCUUCCUCCUCGCCGCCUUCUACGUCGGCCGUCCCCUCUACUGGAAGCUCUCUGCCACCAUCCACGAGGUCCGGGAGAAGCGCAAGUCCGUCAGAGACGGGAUCUCGCAGUUCGUCCUCGAGGCCCAGAAGUCGGUGGGGUGGGUGCACGACGAGUCCGACUCGGGAGCAGGUGAUGAUCGGAAGGCUUCCACGGCCACCAGUCGACGGAUCCUCCGAUCGGUUCUUUCAGGUCAUCCCUCUUCGAUGGAUAUUUAAAGAAUAAAUCUGCAGCAUGUAAUUGUGUAAUAAUCUAUAUGGAUGCCCUCUUUCUACAUUUCUGGAUGUUGUGCAUUGCUACUAAUUGCCUUUUUAAUCUAUUUUCUUUUUAUGUGA